AUGCCUCGUGUUUAUAUCGGACGACUGAGCUAUAAUGUCCGCGAAAAGGACAUUCAGCGUUUUUUCAGCGGAUAUGGAAAGUUAAUGGAAGUGGAUUUGAAGAACGGCUACGGGUUCGUGGAGUUCGAGGACAACCGAGACGCCGACGACGCCGUGUACGAGCUGAACGGGAAGGAGCUGUGCGGGGAGCGGGUGAUCGUGGAAAACGCCCGGGGGCCGCGGAGAGAUCGAGAUGGCUACGGUGGGGGUCACGCGGAUGGUGGGCGCAGUAGCGGUUACAGCAGCCGGAGCCGCACUGGCAGGGAUAAGUACGGACCUCCAGUUCGUACUGAAUACCGUGUCAUCGUGGAGAACUUGUCCAGCCGCUGCAGUUGGCAAGACCUCAAGGACUUCAUGCGUCAGGCAGGAGAGGUGACUUAUGCAGAUGCCCACAAGGAACGCACAAAUGAGGGUGUGAUCGAGUUUCGGUCCCAGUCGGACAUGAAGAGGGCCAUUGACAAGUUGGAUGGUACGGACAUUAAUGGACGGAAGAUUCGUCUUGUGGCCGAACAACCUCGCAAGCAACGGUCUUACUCCGGCAGCCGCUCCAGAUCUCGUAGUCGCCGCCGCUCCCGCAGCAAGAGCCGCAGGAGCUCCAGGAGUCGCUCUAGAUCCCACUCCAGGUCUCGUUCCCAUAGCAACAAGAGGCGUCGCCAUUCCCGCUCCAGAUCUGGAAGAAAGUCUCGCUCCAAGUCAGACGAAAGCAAAUCCCGAUCCCGCAACCGCAGGUCCCGUUCUCGGUCCCGUUCUCGGUCCCGCAAAUCAAAGUCCCGUUCAGGCUCCCGCAAAUCCCGGUCUCAUUCAGUUGACCGUAAAUCAAAGUCCCGUUCAAAGAGUCCUUCAAAGGUGAAGUCAGAUCGUGAUUCUCGCAGUCGUUCAAAGGAGAUCUGUGGCGACAAACCCCGCAGUCAUUCAGCAUCUCCGAUGGUCAACGGGAAAGAGGAGAGUGUCACCAAGUCUCUUGCCCGCUCCCCAUCGCCUCGUGAGGAUGACCGCCGAUCCAAGUCCAGGGAGAAACUUCCAUCCCCUCGCUCAAGGUCUCGCUCAAGGUCUAGAUCGGCCUCUAAGGAUUAG